GGGGAGGAGGGGAGAACCGGGAGCGCACAGCCUGGACGCGUGCGCAGGCGGCAGGCGCAGAGACCUGCUAGCCCCUCAGCUAGCAGCCCCGCCCGCGCUUAGCAUCACUAACUGGGCUAUAUAACCUGAGCGCCCGCGCGGCCAGGACACGAGGAAUUCGCCCACGCAGGAGGCACGGCGUCCGGAGGCCCCAGGGUUAUGAGACUUUCACUGCUCAGGACCUACUAACAACAAAGGAAAUCUAAACAUGACCAAAUCGUACAGCGAGAGUGGGCUGAUGGGCGAACCUCAGCCCCAAGGUCCUCCAAGCUGGACAGACGAGUGUCUCAGUUCUCAAGACGAGGAGCAUGAGGCAGACAAGAAGGAGGACGACCUCGAAGCCAUGAACGCAGAGGAGGACUCACUGAGGAAUGGGGGAGAGGAGGAGGACGAAGACGAGGACCUGGAAGAGGAGGAAGAAGAGGAAGAGGAGGAUGACGACCAAAAGCCCAAGAGACGCGGCCCCAAAAAGAAGAAGAUGACCAAGGCUCGCCUGGAGCGUUUUAAAUUGAGACGCAUGAAGGCUAACGCCCGGGAGCGGAACCGCAUGCACGGACUGAACGCGGCCCUAGACAACCUGCGCAAGGUGGUGCCCUGCUAUUCUAAGACGCAGAAGCUGUCCAAAAUUGAGACUCUGCGCUUGGCCAAGAACUACAUCUGGGCUCUGUCGGAGAUCCUGCGCUCAGGCAAAAGCCCAGACCUGGUCUCCUUCGUUCAGACGCUUUGCAAGGGCUUAUCCCAACCCACCACCAACCUGGUUGCGGGCUGCUUGCAACUCAAUCCUCGGACUUUUCUGCCUGAACAGAACCAGGACAUGCCCCCGCACCUGCCGACGGCCAGCGCUUCCUUCCCUGUACACCCCUACUCCUACCAGUCGCCUGGGCUGCCCAGUCCGCCUUACGGCACCAUGGACAGCUCCCAUGUCUUCCACGUCAAGCCGCCGCCUCACGCCUACAGCGCAGCACUGGAGCCCUUCUUUGAAAGCCCUCUGACAGAUUGCACCAGCCCUUCCUUUGAUGGACCCCUCAGCCCGCCGCUCAGCAUCAAUGGCAACUUCUCUUUCAAACACGAACCGUCCGCCGAGUUUGAGAAAAAUUAUGCCUUUACCAUGCACUAUCCUGCAGCGACCCUGGCAGGGGCCCAAAGCCACGGAUCAAUCUUCUCGGGCACCGCUGCCCCUCGCUGCGAGAUCCCCAUAGACAAUAUUAUGUCCUUCGAUAGCCAUUCACAUCAUGAGCGAGUCAUGAGUGCCCAGCUCAAUGCCAUCUUUCAUGAUUAGAGGCACGCCAGUUUCACCAUUUCCGGGAAACGAACCCACUGUGCUUACAGUGACUGUCGUGUUUACAAAAGGCAGCCCUUUGGGUACUACUGCUGCAAAGUGCAAAUACUCCAAGCUUCAAGUGAUAUAUGUAUUUAUUGUCAUUACUGCCUUUGGAAGAAACAGGGGAUCAAAGUUCCUGUUCACCUUAUGUAUUAUUUUCUAUAGCUCUUCUAUUUAAAAAAAAAAAAAAAUACAGUAAAGUUAAAGAAAUGCACCACGCAUUUGGUGUAGCUGUAUUCAGAUCGUAUUAAUUAUCUGAUCGGGAUAACAAAAUCACAAGCAAUAAUUAGGAACUAUGCAAUUUUUAAACUAGUAAUGGGCCAAUUAAAAUAUAUAUAAAUAUAUAUUUUUCAACCAGCAUUUUACUACUUGUUACCUUUCCCAUGCUGAAUUAUUUUGUUGUGAUUUUGUACAGAAUUUUUAAUGACUUUUUAUAAUGUGAAUUUCCUAUUUUAAAACCAUGCAGCUUCAUCAAUUUUUAUACAUAUCAGAAAAGUAGAAUUAUAUCUAAUUUAUACAAAAUAAUUUAACUAAUUUAAACCAGCAGAAAAGUGCUUAGAAAGUUAUUGUGUUGCCUUAGCACUUCUUUCCUCUCUAAUUGUAAAAAAAAAAAAAAAAAAAAAAAAAAAAUUGCACAAUUUGAGCAAUUCAUUUCACUUUAAAGUCUUUCCCUCUCCCUAAAAUAUAAACCAGAAUCAUAAUUUUCAAGAGAAUAAAAAAUUAAGAGAUGCAUUCCCUAUCAAAACAUAUCAAUUCAACACAUUAGUUGCACAAGCUUGUAUAUACAUAUUAUAAAUAAAUGCCAACAUACCCUUCUUUAAAUCAAAAGCUGCUUGACUAUCACAUACAAUUUGCACUGUUACUUUUUAGUCUUUUACUCCUUUGCAUUCCAUGAUUUUACAGAGAAUCUGAAGUUAUUGAUGUUUCCAGAAAAUAUAAAUGCAUGAUUUUAUACAUAGUCACAAAAAUGGUGGUUUGUCAUAUAUUCAUGUAAUAAAUCUGAGCCAAAACUAAUCAGGUUGUUAAUGUUGGGAUUUAUAUCUAUUGUAGUCAAUUAGUACAGUAGCUUAAAUAAAUUCAAACCAUUUAAUUCAUAAUUAGAACAAUAGCUAUUGCAUGUAAAAUGCAGUCCAGAAUAAGUGCUGUUUGAGAUGUGAUGCUGGUACCACUGGAAUCGAGCUGUACUGUAAUUUUGUUUGUAAUCCUGUAUAUUAUGGUGUAAUGCACAAUUUAGAAAACAUUCAUCCAGUUGCAAUAAAAUAGUAUUGAAAGUCAGAGCAAUUGUUGCAUUUCUUCCUAAAGGGAUUUUGUUUUUAUUUCUGGGGAAAAUAGUCGCUUUUUUUGCUGAGUUAAAAAAUACUAAACACUUUAUGUAGAAUAAAAGAAUAGAAAAAAGGUUUACCUUGGCACAUGUUCUUGUCUGUUUAUCUUGCACAGGGAAUCAUCAGCUCUUUGUAGAUAAUGAAAAGACCUAAUUGAUAUUUCAUUAUUUGGAAUAUGGGACUGGACAGAGGUACAAACAGUGUGUUUUUUCUCUGUUUUAGGUAGCUUAGCCUUUAGGCUUUUAUUUCCAUUUUUUAAAAUGAUUGUUACAUGUUUUCUUCUAUUUCUUUUUUUAAAAAGGUGGAUUUUAUUAA